AUGAGUGGGAGAACUCAUGUUGUGAUAUUCUUCUUCUGGGCUGCUCUUACUGUCAUCACCCCCACACUUGUUUUUCUUUCAGAGACUUCCAAACCGUACUUGGAUUCAAAUGGUGAGGAAAUUGAAGGAACCAAGGGAAGAAGACUGAUUGGAAUCGUAGGAUAUGAAUCACAACGUCAACCACAAGUUCUGCCAACUACAGCAGCCCCUACAGCAUCACCAUCACUGGCGCAAGCUCCAGUUUCGGAACUAAAACCAGGUUUGAAGCAUGGAGAAACCAGUAUUGUAAAGGUCUUUAUAGAGUCAUUGAAAUUUGUGAUCAACAAUACUAAGUUCAAGUUAAAUUAA